GGGAGGCUACUCUCCUAGCAUGUAACAAACAUGGCCGCUGCCAUGGAGGACUCCAAUGACGCUAACCUUGUUUUCACUUACAUAAAAACAUUAGUUGUAACCUACGUCUGUCUGACAGUAGCGUUAUAUAUAUUUAUAGCGAUAGGUAUAUUAAGAGUCAAUGGGAAUAAUUCUUUAUCGACGCAUCAGAAAACAGUUCUGCUGAUCACUGCACAUCCUGACGAUGAAUGCAUGUUUUUCGGUCCAACACUCUCAAGAUUAACUUCGUCAUCAAACAGUUUAAACAGAGUUCACUUACUAUGUUUAACAAACGGGAAUUUUUAUGGGAAUGGACUGACUCGAGAAAAAGAAAUAAUAAAAAGUGGAAAAAUACUUGGCAUUACUAAGGACAGAAUUACUGUUGUCAAUGACAGCAAGCUACCAGAUGAUCCUGUAGCAGACUGGCCGCCUGAUCAAGUCCAGAAGAACAUUAUUGAUGUAGUGUGUCGUCUGAAACCAGAAGAGGUGUACACAUUUGAUGAAUAUGGAGUCAGUGGACACAAAAAUCAUAUAGCUGUUCAUAAAGCUGUAAGGGAAAUUUUUACAAAUGGGACAAAGCUAAGAGGAGUGAAGUCUGUAUACUUUUUGCAAAGUGUUAACAUAUUGCGCAAGUACCUAGCAAUAUUUGAUCUCCCACUGGUACUUUUGCGUGAAUCAGUUAUUGCUGUCGCAGCACCAGGUGCAGUAUUACAGAUUGAGAAAGCCAUGUUGGCCCAUUAUACUCAGCUGGAAUGGUUUCGGCUUCUAUACAUCAUCUUUUCUAGAUACAUGACAAUCAAUUCCUUCACCAGGUUGGAUCUCAAAGAAGACAAAUUAGAAGAAACAGACUGAAAUAUAGAGAUUGUUGAUCCUUUA